AUGCGCGCUUUCACCUCCGCCGCUAUCGAGACCGCUCGUGCUUCUGCAAGCCGUCGUGUCGUUGCCCACGCAUUUCCGGCCAGCAGCUCGCGCUCGCUCGCGACCGCCACCAACGCUCCCGAUGGUGCUACCCCCAAGAGGCGCUUUGCCAAGCUCGAGGACGGACUGACCUUUGAUGACUUUGUCUCUGGCGAGCCUCUGCCUGAAGCACCGGAGCGUGUGGUCCUCGGCAACACAUCCCAGCCCCGUUUGCCAUCUUUCCUGAAGCACCCCAUCCCCACCGGCAAGUCAUACACUGCCAUCAAGAAGGACCUGCGUGACCUCAAGUUGAGCACUGUUUGCGAAGAGGCAAAGUGCCCCAACAUUGGCGAGUGCUGGGGCGGCGACAAGGGCACUGCGACCGCAACAAUCAUGCUUAUGGGUGACCAAUGUACCCGCGGAUGCCGCUUCUGCUCGGUGAAGACCUCGCGCGCUCCUCCUCCCCUGGACGUCCACGAGCCCGAGAACACUGCCGAGGCCAUUUCGCGUUGGGGCCUGGGCUACAUUGUCCUCACUUCGGUGGACCGUGACGACAUGGUCGACGGUGGCGCGGCCCACAUUGCCAGCACGAUCUCCAAGAUCAAGCAGAAGUCGCCCAAGAUCCUCGUUGAGGCUCUUACCCCAGACUUUGCCAACAAGGGCUUUGAACCCAUUACCACUGUCGCUACCUCUGGUCUUGACGUGUUUGCCCACAACAUCGAGACUGUCGAACGCUGCACCCCCUUCGUUCGUGAUCGCCGUGCUACGUUCCGCCACUCGCUCGAGGUCCUCCGCUUCGCCAAGGAGACGGCUACCGCUAAUGGCAAGGAGAUUCUGACUAAGAGCUCCAUCAUGCUCGGUGUUGGCGAGCAGGAAGACGAGAUCCACCACGCUCUGCAGUGCCUGCGCGAGGCGAACGUCGAUGUCGUCACUUUCGGUCAAUACAUGCGCCCUACCAAGAAGCACAUGAAGGUCGACCGUUAUGUCGAGCCUGCCGAGUACGUCAAGUGGAAGGAGGUCGCCGAGGGCAUGGGCUUCCUGUAUGUCGCCUCUGGUCCCCUCGUCCGCUCGAGUUACAAGGCUGGCGAAUUCUUCAUCGAGAACGUCCUUAAGAAGCGCCGCGCCGCUGCUGCUGAGCGGGCAACAGCUGAGCUCGCUGCUGUUGAUGCGACCAAGGCUGAGGAGACGCGCGCGUAG